AUGAAGGUACAGUGUAGAGGCCAACUAGUCGGAGAAACUACUUGGGAGAUUGAACAGGAGAUACAGAACAAAUAUCCACACCAAUUUGAGACUCCAGCUGAUGCAAUCACUUCUGCGAUGUCCUGGUCGCAGAAGCGAGUUAAGGGGAGCUGGGCAAGGUUGAUGGAGAAGGCCGCAGAAGCGGCAACAUUUGCAAGAAGCGCAGGUGCGGCCACUUUGCUCACAGAAGCGGAGGCAGUGCAGGCAAUUCCGGAGGGAUGUUUCACAAGCUUGGUUGGGCAUGGCCAGAAUAAGAUGAAGCACUUGAUUGCCCACCUCUCGUCCCUUUCAUGGCUUGUUCGUCCACCUUCUUCUCCUCCGGCAUCGCCUCCUCCUCCUCCGCCUCCAGCAUCUCCUCCUCCUUCUCCAGCCACGGAAG